AUGGGGCAAUGGAAGGUGGAGGAAAUGCCGGGAGACUGCGGUCACGACUUUUGCAUGGAUGGAGUGGCUAAAUACUUUGCAACCUCCUUUGAGUUGUGUCUGAAGAGGCAGGUGGUCGACCUGAUAGAGGAGGGCUUCUCCACUGACCAGCUGGACGCUCAGCCUGCUGUCAACGUGGAGGACUGGUAUUGCGCCAGGACAGACUGCGGCUGCGUCUACGAGUUGACAGUGUGUCUGCUGGACGAGAACCACGAGGUCUUACAGGAGUUCAGACCUGAGCCGGUGACCAUGGACCCCGAAUGUGACGACUGUUCGUGGAAACAGGUCAGCCACACCUUCACUGACUACGGCCCUGGAAUGCGUUUCAUCUCCUUUGAACAUGGAGGACAAGAUAACAAAUUUUGGGAUGGUUGGUUCGGAGUCCGAGUCACCGGGAGCUCCGUUACAGUCGAGGUCUGAACGGGAGGAAAAACAGGGAGAGUGGAGGGAACCGAGGAACACAGUAAGGAGGAGAAGAAACAGGAACUAGAGUAAAUGCAAAGGCUUCACAGUGUUGGUUUGGAGGUAUCAAGAGGACCAGCUUUGCCUUACACUUGUGCUGUUCAUGCUGUGGAAACAUAGUGCUGCUAUCAGGAUUCUAGUUACACAUGUGUACAGCGACACACAACACACUUUGGCUUUACUAACCUGAAAAUCUCAAAACUGCUGCUUGCAACAAGUCAUUAACCAUAAUCUACUCCUGCACUGACAUAUCCUGCCGUGAAUCUGAGCGAUGUGUUUGGUGGGUGGGGUGUUCAAAACAAUCAAAUGCUUUAUCUUUUAAAUGAGAAAUAAAAUUCUGAAAUAAA